AUGUCUGCGGUCUCAGAGUUCGAAACGGAUGAAGACGAGGAGUUUGAAAGCGAGGACGAGGCGUCGCCCUGCGAACGCUGCUGCCUGCCACCUAACUACUUCCACCACGUGUCGGCGGGCCUGGGGUGGGAGCCUCAGCUCAUUACGUGCCCCAGCUGCCGCUCCGUCAUCACCACAAGGAUGCACCGCACCACCACCAAACGCACAUGGGUCAUCGCCGCCGCGCUCCUGCCUGUCGGGUGCUGCUGGCUACCGUUCUACUGCGGCUGGUACUGCAUGGUACGCCACUACUGCCCCAUGUGCGGCACCAUGAUCGGCUUCGCGCCGCGCACUCGCGCCGGCUACCGCAAGGACUCCUGAUUGCCCUGGACACGCCGCGUUGUCCGGUCCGCCUCUACCUACUCUGCCUUCCUGCGCUCCGCCGUCGCGCUUCCCAGACACACGCAUCG